AUGGAGCCAUCAACCUGUGAAUUGAUGUUUUUAGAUUUUGAAAAUAUAGGUGAUGAAUGGAUCACCACCAUGUUUGAUUUAUUUAUUCCAGAGAGAGUGGUUAAUCUUUCUUCUUCUUUUUCUUAUUCUUUUUCCCUUUGUCGUCUCGUUCAUCCAAUCUUUAUCGCGAUCAUUAAUCCAAAUACAUAUUACAGUUAA